AUGCCGUUUAGCGUUACUGAGAAGGACUAUACGGACGGUGUCUCAAUCGGAGACGUCCUCUUGUUAGAUGCGGCCAAGGAAGAGUUACUCACUGUCCCUGACAAAACAGUACCCGCAGAGCUCGCUAACUCCGGUGUGGUGGGAGCUUCCCAUGGAUGGGGAUUUUUCUGCAACCGGCAGGAUCGUUCCGUACGUAUCAGCGACUUUUUCAGCCCAUUUGCUUCCAAAUCAAACCCCACUAUGAUUCCUCUGCCUCCGUUUACUGCUCUGCACGCUUGCCAAACUGAAAACGUCUGGAAUGUGGCAAUGUCUUCUUCCCCUCCUGAUCAGGAUGAUGGUGAAGAGUGGGUAGUUGGUAUCCAGUUCCUGGGGAACCAGCUGAGUAUCUGCAGCCCCCGUCGUGACCUGCGUUGGACUAACAUCGAAAUCCCUUUUGGGAGCCUCCUUAACUCUAAUCUGAUGUAUUCCAAGAGAGAUCAAACGUUCAACAUGCCUGCUCCUGGAGGCAACUACAUGUGCUCAUGGGAUCUCCUAUUCCGCCAGGAAAACUACCCAAAGGUUUAUGAGUUGCUGUUUCACAACCUUCCCGAGUUGCCUCAGUCCAGUUGGGAGCUCUUGGAUUCGUGUCUCAAGGAGGAUCACUGGGUGGAGUCACCCUCGGGGGAAUCUUUCCUCGUCAAAUGGUACUCCCCUGUCUCGUCUCCGUUAUCGAUAUUUAUGGUGUUUAGAGAGGAAGAAACUAACGAGGGAAGAAGAAACAUGUGUUACACCGAGGACAUUGGAGAUAUGUGCAUCUUCCUUUCAAAGAGUGAGGCUUUCUGCGUCCAGGCUAGCUCUUUCCCUGGUCUCAAGCCUAACUCCAUCUACCAUAUUGGCCGUGGCGUUGCUGUUUACGAUCUCACCGCCAAAAGCGUCAGUCAUUUUGAACUCAUCAAAGGUGAACCGAAAGAGAUUCCGCCGUCCAUUCCUUACUGGCUUCCACCAUUUUCAAUCUAG